CUCUUUCACACGAUGCUCGCUAGUAUUCGACGAAGCGAACCAAGAGGCGAUGAAAAUCAAGUACUGCACCAAAGUGGUGGAUUGCCUGUCCGGUACACAUGUCAUGUGCUUGUACGGAAAUAAGACAAUAAUGGGCCCUAGAUGUAGCGGUGGUAAAAUGCUUCCGCUUACUGAAGAUGAAAAAACAAUGGUAUUAGACAUACUUAAUGAGUUUAAGCGAAAUUUGGCUCAAGGCAAAGAAAACCUUCCAAAGGCGUACGGCAUGAGAAAGCUGUUCUGGCACGAUUCCUUGGCCGAAUUUGCCCAGGCGUGGGCAAACCAAUGUGAUGGAGGCCGGCAUGACCUGUGUAGAGCUUCAGAAGAGUUCCCUAGUGCGGGCCAGGCUAUGUACACUGUACGAUUCAACUACCCAGACUGGAGUUUACAAGACGUACAAUUUAAAGAUAAGUCCAAAACCCUAACGCCAGAGAAAAGGGCACAAGUCAUCGAAUCUUUUACAGAAGCUAUCUACGAUACCAGCGACGACGUGAAUCAACAGCAAAUAGAAAACUAUCCCAGCGGCGACUUCAAUGUCAAAUAUCUAAUGGCAGUCCACGGGACUACCACAAACGUCGGCUGUGGGAUGUCUAGCUUCCAUGAUUACUAUAGGACCACAGAUAAUAACCCGAUCAUUUUCCAUGCAGUAAUAAUUGUUUGUAACUUCUCUAGUCAGCCAAAAGAGGGCGAGAAAGUGUACGAGACCAAGUGGUCUGAUGGGGAGGGUUGGACGACAUGUGGCUGUCCCGACGGCUUCAUUGAAGAUGACUGUCUCUGUGUACCAGGAAAACUUCCAGACCACAAAAAUGACACACAAAGUGAAAACAGAUAUGGCCAACAAAAUAAAGACAAGGAUGACCAACAAAACAAGGACAAGGAUGACCAACAAAAUAAAGACAAGGAUGACCAACAAAACAAGGACAAGGAUGACCAACAAAAUAAAGACAAGGAUGACCAACAAAAUAAAGACAAGGAUGACCAACAAAAUAAAGACAAGGAUGGCCAACAAAACAAGGACAAGGAUGACCAACAAAAUAAAGACAAGGAUGACCAACAAAACAAGGACAAGGAUGACCAACAAAAUAAAGACAAGAAUGGCCAACAAAAUAUAACAGAAGAUAAAAAUGACCAAGGUACAUGUAAUCGUGAUGACCCUAGCUGCAGUCCUCGAAUCGUGUUAAUGCCAAUCAUCACCGUCGAGAAUGCGGACCCGGACAGAUUAAACGAAGCUGAGAUGAUUGCUUUGCCUAACCAUCUAGCGCAAUUAGCACAAAGAAAACAACAGUUAAGACAAAAAAUCAAGGAUCGUAUUCAAAAUGUUAGGGACCGAUAUUUUAAGAACUAUGUAGUUCUUGAACCUGGAACAAGAUUUUCUAACGGGGGACCAAUAGACGAAGAUAUGUUCGUACUAUCUAAAAAUAACCCAAGUUAUGCGACUAACAUGAAUCACAGGAAACUAAAUAAUUUUGGCACUAAUGCAAUAAGAAGGAACAUCAAAAUAAAAGACAGAAGAGAUUUUUCAGAUUUAGAUCAGCUAGUAUCAGAAUAUUUGUUGAACUUGCACGAUGACAAAGCAAUGGACUCCACAGCUGAUAUGACAGACAGAUCAGUCCAUCGUAUGAGAGAGAAUAAUAUCAAUGCCAAAGAAUCGAAUACUCAAAAUUAUAACCCAAGUACGCUAAACCUACAGGAUGAUGCACAAGGUUAUAGAAAAGCAAUUAGUAAUCCUGAUUAUGCUAUCGAAGAUCAUUUAAAUAAUGACUAUGAACCGAGAACCAUGGAAAGACAACGAAACAUUUUGCCAGAAACUGAACACAACCCAUUAAAUAUCCAAGCAGACGACACAAACAAUUAUGAUUAUCAGUUAUAUUCUGAAAAUAACCAAGAAUACGGCAAUGUUAAUCCACGAUAUGUUGUCGAAGAUUAUCCUGGAUUUCAAAAUGACGAAAAAUUUGACGAACGUGGCCGCGAACAUAACAGACAACUUAUUUAUGAUGCGAAUGAAAUAACGCAUUAUUACUUAGACAGAUUGAACGAGAACACUAACACUGGGCAACAGCUAGACACAGAAACACUCAGAGGAUACAGAGUGGACACAGGCACCGACACUAAACACAGAUACGAGCACAGGCGGCCUUUGCAUUAUGAAAUAAAAACCAGGAAGUUUCAGCGCCACCCCCAAAACGAUGGCGGCGAGAUGAAGCAUCAUAAACCACGCUACUACGUUCCUGAUCGAGCGAACCUCUAGCAUAGAUAAUUAAUAAUUAUUUGUAAAUAAAACGAAAAAGAUUCUUAGUACAAGCAUGAUGUACGGGUUACUACAAUGAGCAAGACAUCCGGUGAUAAGCAAGGCUUGGAAAAACGCCCGUCAGUUUAAAACAUACCCUGUUCCGUACAACAGGGACUUCUUUAGGCCUCAUUCGCACGAGCGCUUUUUCAACGCGCGUUAAAAAAGCGUUUGAAUCACACAAUCCAUCCGCCAUAAAUACAAUCAAUCAUAAUUUUAAUCAAACGCUCGACGUAUUUCGAUCUGCAACAAGGAUUAUAUUAUCGACAGCAUCACCUCAUCUCCUGCAGAAAAAUCUCAGAGCGGCAAGUUAGCACCACAUGGUUUACCGCGAACGCGAUUAUGCAAGAUCGACAUAGGUAGAUAACGAAAUUUCGAUUUCAAUUUUCACGGUAGGCCCUCUGGUUAUGCUUUUGGAGAAUAGAUGUACAUAUAGGUAUCGAGAAAAAAAUACUUAAAUUCCGUGAGUGAGCCCUUACAAAUCACGGAGAUUUUGUAUUUUUUUAUUUUGUUUACGUAAAAAUUUUUUUU